UCUUCAGUGCCUGUAGAUUCUCUCUUUUGAGAGCGUGCUGAACUCGUCUUCACACAAGCCCAGGGUUCACAGGCGCGUGUUGCGCAUGCGCGUCCGCGCGCUGUCCGUGGUGCUAAAGCCUCUCACUGCCGAGCGACUCUCGUUAUCAAUCAGCCCUGAGUACAUUUCCAAGACCGCCCACUUUCCGCCCGGUUUGAGUCACUGGAUAGAGGCCAUGGCUCAGAACUUCUUUGGAAAUUCAGGCUCUAUGACAUUGCAGUCAACACCCAAAUCUGGCCAUCACCAUUCUUCAAAGAUGCCAGAUGAUGGAUUUAACUCAACAGGCGAAACUCUGUCAUUUGUUACCCUGAAUGACAGCAAUGAGCAGCAAAGUGAGGACUCGGGUAUCAGUGUUUCAAAAACCUCGACUAGAAGUUCGCUGGGCGACAGUACUAUGGAAGAUGCGGCAGUAUUAUCUCCCCCAAAUUCACAAAUAGAUGAGAUUGGAAAGAAAGCACAGGACCUUAUUGAGAGAAUCAAUGAGAGACGGGCCAUGGACCAACAUGUGAUGAACAGCUUUGAGGAAAAGCUCAUUAAAAAGGUGAGUGAGAUGUGUCAGCAGGUGAAGGAGCAGAUGUUUGAGUAUUAUGAGCAGCACAGUCAGGGCAUGGAGGCCAGCAUCACUGAGCUGUCGGAGGUGCUGGAGAGAAGCAGUCAGCUGAGUAUGGAGCUACAGGGAGCCAGUCAAACCCUGGCCGCCAUCAAUAAAGGCCUGCAGCACAGCACAGAGCACUAGAUACACAACCAAACUAAUCACACUGCAACUUAACAUGAGACGGAGUACUAUUAUAUGAUUUGUAUGUUACUUUAAAGUAAUUUAACUUAAAGGAACUGUUUUAAAAUGUAAACUUUUUUUUUUUAAUACCAUAGUAUGUUAAAGAAAGUUCAAAUGCACAUUAAUAUGCUCAUUUGAUUUGUAUUUGCAUGUCUUGAAAGUAAUGUCUGUUUCUUUAAAAUUAAUUUUUGAUGGAUUACAUGGUUUGCCUAAAUGUCUCUUACUAUCAUUUCUUCUAAACCCCUGCAAAUGUGGUUUGGGUAACCGAUUAUUUGUGUUUCAAUAACUAAGGUUUGAGCUUUGUAGGAUUAAGGUUUUUCCCCACAGCAUUAGUUAUUGAAAACUCAUUUAAUCUGCUGCCAAUUCUCUUUAUGGCUUUCUCAGUACAAAUGAGCUGCUCUAAACAGAUACAGAUAGCAAGAUACAACACUAUUAUAAAAUGAGGAUUUGAUAACAGACCUUAGAGCCCCUCAGUACAAUCUGCACAAUGAAAACCAAUGUGGAAACACUAUAAUAUUUCAACUUUUAUUCAACUGCAGUAAAUUUUGUUUUACACUUCACUGAGAUCUUUCUAUAAUACAUCAAUGUACAAACAAUAACAUGCACUUUUCAUCUCAGCGAUCCUUGGUGCAUUUCUUUACAAAUCUACUUAAAAAAACCUGCAGUCAGACC